GCUUCAAUUGCCCAGAAAUUGCGACACGAGGGAAAAACGGAAAUUGAUUGUUUAAUAUAAAGCUAGAGGUUUUGUAUUCCACUUUUUGUUGGAAAAAACGAAUGCUCUGUAUGAUGGAGAGUUGGAUACAGAUGGCAGCACCAUUUAUGAGCAUAUCAAAGGCGUAGCAUAGCAAGGUCAGGAUGCUUCCAAUGCUCAAGCUUUGACUCGAAGUAUAUGAAAUAAUGUGGAGUCGCCUUGGAAUCUUGCAUAACCGAGUUUUGGGUUGUUGAGCUUUAUUUAAGGAAUUUAUGAUGCUUUCUUGUUAGAAUUGAAUUUAGGAUUGCUGAAGAGUCUUGUAUAAUACUCAGCACUACUUGCAAUUCUAAGUUUUUUUUCCUUCCCAGAAAUUGUGAUAUUUAAGAGUGAUUCCUGAAAUUUCUUUUUCUCACCCCAGGGCUCGCCUUUGAGAGCCCAUAGCUGAUUAACCUUUGUUCUUCUCUGAAAAUGCUCUUGCAUGAGCCUAAUCUGUCCUCCAACCAUUCGCCCAUUACACACAAAAAUAUCAAAAUUACUUUUCAAAUCCCUCAAGAACAUAAUGGAACUUUGCCCAUCCUUGCCUAAUUAAACCAUCUUACUUGCUUCUUACAUAUUUCGCAACCCUAGAGCCCAGAAUCUGAACUAACCUUUUAACUACAAAACUAGUGAUAAUCAGUUAAUAGGACCCUGUUAAAGUUGUCUAACCUAUUUUUACACACUUCUCCUAUAUCAGUCUAAUAAAACUGUAUAUCAGUCUAAUAAAACUGUGUAACAUGUCAGCAAUGCUGGAACUGUCGCUAGAAACCUAUUUCAUAGAUGUACGUGGGUAUUGUCCGGAAACCUCUGUUGCUCUACACUUAUCUGAAUCUCUUGCAUGCUCAACCUGUCCAUGAGUGUAUGUGCUUUUUACCUUAAUGUCCUAAUAUUCUUGUUUGCAGUUUUGUGAAUGAUCACAACAUUUUCUGGUGCUUUUUUAGGGUCAUUUGCUGAGGAAGAUGUUGGAAGACAAGGAAUGACUGUAUCUUCAGUUGUGGGCAAUGCAACUGCAAGCAGAGGACUAGAAGUUGCAGUUGCUAACCUACAAGAAUAUUGCAAUGAAUUGGAGAACAGAUUGCUGACUCGAUUUGACGCAGCAUCGCAAAGAAGGGAAUUGUCUACCAUGGCAGAGUGCGCUAAAAUUUUGUCUCAGUUCAACAGGGGUACCAGUGCUAUGCAACAUUAUGUUGGAUUACGUCCAAUGUUUGACCCGGAGAUCAUGAUUGCAGACACAAGAUUAGUUCUUGGUGACCAGGGUUCCCAACCUAGUCCUAGCAAUGUUGCACGUGGACUUGCUUCGUUGUACAAAGAAAUUACUGACACAGUGCGAAAAGAAGCAGCCACUAUAACUGCUGUUUUUCCUUCUCCAAAUGAUGUAAUGUCGAUUUUAGUUCAGCGAAUUUUGGAGGAUAGAAUUCCAAAACUCCUCGAGAAGCUGUUGGUGAAACCAUCUCUUGUGAAUCCACCACCUAUGGAAGAAGGCGGACUUCUCUUGUACCUUAGAAUGCUAGCAGUGGCAUAUGAGAAGACACAAGAACUUUCUCGAGACCUACGUGGUGUGGGGUGUGGUGACUUGGAUGUUGAAGGCCUAACCGAGUCUCUCUUUCUUCCACACAAAGACAUAUAUAUUGAGUAUGAGCAGGCCUCUCUAAGACAACUCUAUAAAGCGAAGAUGGAGGAAUUGCGUGCUGAAAGUCAGCAGUCAUCUGAGUCAACAGGGACAAUUGGACGCACUAAAGGAGCUUCAAUAACAUCUUCCCACCAGCAGAUAUCUGUGACUGUGGUGACCGAGUUUGUGCGUUGGAAUGAAGAAGCAAUUUCUAGAUGCACUUUGUUUUCGUUGCAGCCUGCUACCCUGGCAGCUAAUGUAAAAGCCGUGUUCACCUGUCUUCUUGACCAAGUCAGUCUAUACAUCACUGAUGGGCUUGAACGAUCCAGAGACAGUCUGACUGAAGCUGCAGCUUUGAGAGAGAGAUUUGUGCUGGGCACAAGUGUUAGUCGAAGAGUUGCUGCUGCUGCAGCUUCUGCGCAGGCAGAAGCUGCUGCUGCUGCUGGUGAAAGCAGUUUCAGAUCUUUUAUGGUGGCUGUACAACGAUGUGCAAGCAGUGUGGCCAUUGUUCAGCAAUACUUUGCAAAUUCUAUUUCCCGGCUUUUACUACCUGUGGAUGGUGCUCACGCCGCUUCAUGUGAAGAAAUGGCAACAGCUAUGUCCAGUGCAGAGGGUGCUGCUUACAAAGGCCUUCAGCAAUGCAUUGAAACGGUUAUGGCUGAGGUUGAGCGAUUGCUCUCGGCUGAACAAAAAACAACUGAUUAUCGCUCACCCGAUGAUGGCAUCGCUCCUGAUCAUCGACCAACCAAUGCCUGCACAAGGGUCGUGGCAUACCUCUCCCGUGUGCUUGAGGCUGCAUUCACUGCACUAGAUGGUCUUAACAAACAAGCCUUCUUGACUGAAUUGGGGAACCGUUUGCAGAAAGGGCUGCUUAAUCAUUGGCAGAAGUUUACUUUUAAUCCCAGUGGAGGGUUGCGGCUGAAGCGUGACAUAACUGAGUAUGGGGAAUUCGUGCGCAGUUUCAAUGCUCCUUCUGUCGAUGAGAAAUUUGAAUUGUUGGGCAUCAUGGCAAAUGUUUUUAUCGUUGCUCCUGAAAGCCUGUCCACUCUGUUCGAAGGUACCCCUAGCAUUCGGAAAGAUGCACAAAGGUUUAUUCAGCUUAGAGAGGACUUCAAGAGUGCGAAACUUGCAGCGAGACUUAGCUCAUUGUGGCCGAGCUCUAGUUAA